UUACUCUCUCCUUUUAUCAUUUCAGAUAUACGUCAACAAUUAUGCGAUCAGUUAAAAGGAUUAGAGGUGAAACUGGAUGUCCAGACUGCCAUAGUUUCCGAGUUACAGGAAUUCUUCCGGAGAAGGGCUGAAGUAGAAAUGGAAUAUUCUAAGAGUUUAGAUAAAUUGGUCAGACAGAUGAUCACUCGACAUAGAGCUGAAAAACAGAAACAAGAACAAUGGGCUACAUUCUCUACCUACGCCUGCUGGAAACAUCUCCUGGGUAUCACACGUAAACAGAGUCAAGAUCAUCAGAAAAUUGGUGAAAUUUAUAAUAAUCAGAUGAUGACCAGAUUAACAGAAAUUGUAGAUAAUUCACAGAGAAUAUUCAAAAAGUGUCGUGAUAUCGGUGCUGAAUCUCACGCUGACAUGUUAAAAGCAUUAAAUGAAUUACAAAGUGCAAUGAAAACAUAUCAUGCCUACCAAUCAGAGAGUAAACAAGCAGAACAGAAGUUACGGAAUGUGGAAUCGCAGAAAAAUAAAGUAGAACAACAGUUAACUGGUAAAAAUACAUCCAGUAGGAAAUUGAAAGGCUUGGAACGACAGGCAGAAAAGCGUCAAGCCAAGUAUUCUGAUAAUAAAUUAAAAGCAUUGAAAGCUCGUAAUGAGUAUUUGUUAUCAAUAGAAGCAGCUAAUGCAGCCAUCAGUAAAUAUUUCUCAGAUGAUAUUUCAGAUCUCAUGGAUUGUAUGGAUUUUGGUUAUCAUAAUUCCUGUGGACGUUCAAUGAUGAUGUAUCUAUCUGUUCAUGAACAUUUAAAAAAUACCCAUCAAACAGCUAUAGAUUCUUUAAAUAAAUGUAUAUCUGAUCUCGACUCGCGGGCUGAUAAACAGAAAUUCAUGGAACUAAAUAAUUCAGUUUUUAUGUUGCCCAAAAAAUUUGAAUUUCAACCUUUUAAAGGUGAUGAGGUUCGUCAAAUUAGUGCUCAGAAACCAGUUCAAGAAGAUUUAGUUGGUCGUUAUCAAGGUAUCUGUGAUAGGUUAGACUGUCUGAAAGUAGAAAAUGAUGAGAUUUGGAAGACAUUAGAACUAACAGAGAAAGCUCUAGUUGAUGCCAGUCAAGAUAAAGAUUAUGAUAUUACCAAGUGUUUUAUAGAAGAUAAUCCUCCAGUCAAAUCACCCCAGGAAUCAGCCAAACAGAAAGCUGAUAUGUUAGAAACAGAGAGUUAUUAUUUAUCUAAAUUCCGAGAGUAUACAUUAAGUUGUAAUCGGUUAUCACGUCUACAAGCUAAACAGUCAGCCAUACAGAAAGCUCUUGGUGAUAAUGUUCUAUCUCCGCCCCCAUCAUUGCCACCAAAACCUAUCAAACGUAGACUAGGACGAACACCUAAUGUAGGACAACCUAAGUUAUUUGGUGGAAGUUUAGAGGAGUAUAUUGAAGCUACAGGACAAGAAAUACCAUUAAUUAUUAAGAGUUGUAUACGAGUUAUUAAUCUAUAUGGUUUACAUCAUCAAGGGAUAUUCCGUGUUUCUGGUUCUAUUGUAGAAAUCAAUGGUUUUAAAGCUACUUUUGAAAAUGGUGAAGAUCCUCUGUUAGAUAUGGUAGAUGCUAGUGAUAUUAAUUCUGUGGGAGGAGUUUUAAAACUUUAUUUCCGAGAAUUACGAGAACCAUUAUUCCCUCUACAUUUAUUUGAUGAACUUGUUAACUGUUCACGGGAGGAAGAUAUAACAGCUCGUGUAGAAAGAAUCAAAUAUUUAAUUUCAACUUUACCUAGAGCUGUUAUAAUAGUUAUGAGAUAUCUUUUUGCUCAUUUAAAUCAUAUAUCGGAGUAUAGUGAUGAAUCUAUGAUGGAUCCCUAUAAUCUAGCUAUAUGCUUUGGACCAACUUUAUUACCUAUACCACCAGAUCGUGAUCAGGUAUCAUAUCAGAGUAGUGUUAAUGAGAUCAUUAAAACUAUUAUUAUAUAUCAAGAAGAUAUCUUCCCUAAUGAUGGUGGUGAGGUAUAUGAGAAGUGUAUUGUAGAGGGAAAAGAGAAAGAUGAUACAUUAGAUGAAGAUGAUGAAACAUGUUCUACACCUAGUGAUGAAGAUGAACCUGAUAUAAUAGAAGCUACAGCAUUGUAUGAUUUUGAGGGAAGAACAGAUCGUGAGUUAUCGUUUAAGAAAGGUGAUAUACUGGUUAUCUAUCAACAAGUCUCUAGUGACUGGUGGGAAGGAGCAUUUCAAGGAAAAGAAGGAUUGAUUCCUGAUAAAUAUGUUACUUGGAAACAUUCAAGGUAA